AUGACGAACUACCCGAGAUGUGAAAAGUUGACAGGUGAAGUCGAUGAGCUGAACAAAAAGCUUGUUGCAAUGACUGAACGGCGGACGAUGGAGGACACCAGGAAGCUCAAUGCUUCCCAAUUAGGCACGAAGAAGUACUGGGACGACUUUUACGCACUGGAAAGGGAUAAUUUCAGCAAGAAUCCCAAAGAUACCGGGGAAUGCUGGUUCGAUGACAAUGGGGCGGAAGAACGGAUGGUAGAGUUUCUCCUCGAGAACGUCGGGCAGAAAAAAAUCGAUUUGGGGUCAAAAGUGAUAGACUUGGGAACGGGGAAUGGUCAUCUCCUUUUUGAACUUUAUGAAAAUGAUUUCGCUGGCCCAAUGCUGGGCGUAGACUACUCUGAGGAAAGCGUUGAGUUUGCUACAGAAAUUUCAAAAGCCAACGGGUACAACGACAAGAUCCGGUUUGCGGCAGCUGACAUUUUUGCGCCAGAUUGGAACCCUGGACUAUUCGAUCUUGUGCUGGACAAGGGCACUUUGGACGCAAUUGCGCUGUGUGAGAAGGCCCUGGCGGAUGGUAGGAGAAUGGUGGAGGGAUAUUCAAGCGUCGUAGAGAAGCUUUUGGAUCGAGACGGGAUUUUUCUCAUCACCUCUUGUAAUUUCACGGAAGAUGAGCUAAUCAGCAUCGUGCAAACCGACAGGCUGAAAGUUUGGAGAACUAUUGCCUACCCAGCUUACGAAUUCGGCGGCGUAAAAGGGACUACGAUAUGUAGUGUAGCAUUUAUCAAGCAGUGA